UGACGAUUGCGGAAGUGAAUAGUAGCUUAUCUCUGAACCAAAACAGACGGGAUGUUUCUGAAAUAAAUCAGCCUAUGAACUCGGAUCGACCUCUCAUCUCGCCGCUCAGCGCAUAAAUCAUCUGUUUGUGCUCGACAGCCGACUGGAAGCCGUUAAAGAGCCGAUUCGCAGACAUGGAGGACCCUGGUGGUGCUGCGGCUGAGCCUGGGACUCCAUCAGCAGCAGGGACACCAAAGUCAAAGCUGGACCUACUGUCCAAAGAUGAUCUCAUUAAAUUUGCCAAAAAGCAGAUGGCUGCCAUGCAGAAGAUUAAAAGCAAAUGUGCAGAUUUGGAAAAGGAAGUUGAAUCCCUGAAACAGCAACCCAAAGACCAGCAAAACACCAGCAGUUCAGAUGAUGCUUCUCUGAUACAAGAGCUGACUGAGAGGAUGGAUGCGCUGCUGCUGGAAAAGGCCGAAACUCAGCAAAGUCUGGCGCUGUCUCGUAAAGAUCUAGAGAAGACUAAGCAGCAAGCCAAGGAUGAUAUGGCAGUGCUGCAAAGUGAGCAUGACCGCGCCAUAGAGGACCACCGAAGGAGGAUCACAGCUCUCGAGAGCAGCAUAGAGGAAUCCAACAGCAAACACCAAGAAGAAGUGACUCGUUUCCAGAAGUUACUACAAGAGCGGGAAGCAAGUGAUCGACAGAAGGAGAGUGAAAGAGAAAGGCAGCACCAAGAUGUAACAGAGAGCGCUGAGGAGGAGCGUCGCUCCUUGGAAGCUCAGCUGAAAACCCUUCGAGCUGAGCUGCAUGCGAUGGAAGAGCAGAAUACCCAGGAGGCGGCCAACCUGCAGGAGAACCUCCAAAGGGAGCUGACGAUGGCCCAGCAGGAGAUCGAGAACCUGAAGGAGGAGCUUUCUCAGAAGACCCUGCAGCACGAGGAGGAGAUGAGAGCUCUGGAGGAGGACUGCGAGAUGGAGAGGGAGCGUCUCCUGCUACUGCACGAUGAACUGACUGAGCAACUUGCUCUCAAAGACAGCUACCUGCAGGAUGUGCAAGAAGAAGAUGAGGACGGCGCUCGCGGUUCAGGGAUCGCCAAGAUGCUGGAACUGUCUGGCUGCAGUCAGAGUGACUCCACCCACGGCGGCGGAGAGGAAACUGAGGCCGGGAGGCUGAGGGCGGCCCUGGAUGAUCUGCAAGCCCAAAACACCAUGCUGAGGGAUGAGCUCACCCUGCUCGCCAACGUGAAAGGAGAGCUGGAGGCAGAGACGGAGAGGCUGAAGGAGGAGUACCAGAUGGAAAAAGAGGAGCUGGAGUUUAAAAUCAACGAGCUGCAGAUGGCCAGAGAUGGCGCUGCCAGCGACUCCGCGUUGACCCUCAGUCCCGAUAAAGAAGAGAUUGACGGCGAACCCAAAGAUUCCGAAUACAACGCCAUGAAGGAGCAGGAAGACAAAAUAGUGAAAAACCUCCAGGACCAGCUGGACACAGUCACUCAGGAAAGGGAUGAUUUGUUGGUGAAGCUGAAAGAAUUGACAGACGACAAAAACACCCUGAUGGAAGAUGUGCACGACCUGAAACUGAAGCUGGAAGGUUUUUCAAGCGAGGACCAGAAGCUCCCGUCGUCUGAGGAGGAGCAGGCAGAUUCACACAGUGAGCUGAGGCAGUCUCUGGAGGAAAUGACCAGGCAGAACGAGGAGGUCGUCUCCCAGCUGCGUAUGAAGGAAAACAUGACUGAAGAGCUGAGGCAAAUGGUCGACACAGCGACUGACGAGCGUGACCAGUUACAAGACCUGCUCAAGCAGAAAGAAGAAGAAAUACUAAAACUGAACAAUGAAAACGCAAAAGAAAUGGAGAAGAUCUUGGAGGAGAAACAAGAGGCUCUGCAGCUGGUGGAAGAAAAAGUGAGAGAAUUGAACGGCUUGAAAACAGAAAUGGAAGAAAAUGUACAAAGUUUAAACAACGAGAAAGAAAAAAUAGAGGAAAGCGCAGAAGAGGAGAUGGAAAAACAAAAGGAAGUCGUUUCUUCCUUUGAGCAAACUAUCAAAGAGCUCUCUGCAGAAAAGGCCGAUGUAAACCAGAAACUGGAAGAAGCUGUCUCAAAGCUCUCGAAAGCCCAAGAAGAGAGUGAGCUUCUGUGCUCUAAGCUGGCAACUGUGGAGGCUCAGCUCGAGCAGGAGACGGCCGAAAAACAGCAUCUGCAGGCAAAGUUGAAUUCACAGACAGAGGAGGCCGAACAGACCGGCGCUUCCAUCCAAGCCAUGGAGGAACGUCAGUCCGAAGUAGAGAAGAAGUCCAGGGAGGAGGCUGAAGAGCUCCGAAGUCGCUUCGAUGAGCUGCAGGAGGAGAGGAACCAGUUGAGGAGUCGACUUGAAGAGGCUCAAGCCGAGAGGAAGUCGGAGGAGGUGCGAGCGGAGCUCCAGGCUUACAUCCAAGACCUGGAGCAGGAGAGGAGCAUGCUGAGGAGCAGCUUAGAGGAGGUGACGAAGGACGCAGAGGGGCUGCAGAGAGACCUGCUGGAGAUGAAGGCGGCGAACGAGAAGGUCAGCGACGAAAACCAGAACCUGCAAGCCCAGCUCUCGAAAGAGGAGGGCGGAGAGUCGGACGAGAUGCAGAGAAAAAUGGAGGACAUGGAGAAAACCAGCAGAGAGCUGAGAGAACAGCUGGCCGAGAAGGAUUCUCAGAUAUCACAGCUGAGAGAUGAGAUAGCUGCUCUUCAGUCGUCAUCUCAAGAGUCCGUCGCCCAGACUGCUUCCUCUGAAGAAAAUGCAACCAAUGAGAUGACACAGAAAAUAGCUGCCCUGGAGAAAGAAAAUAAAGAAAAAGAUGAGAAAAUGAACAAAAUCAAAGCAGUGGCUGUCAAAGCAAAGAAGGAGCUGGAUAUCAGUAAGAAGGAGGUCGUGACUCUUAAGGAGGAAAUAGAAUCGCUGAAGGCUGAACGAGAGCGAAUCAACAGCUCAAUGAAAGAUAUCAUACAUGGAGCUGAAGGAUACAAGAACCUGCAGAUAGAUUACGACAGGCAAACAGAGCAACUGGAUAAUGAGAGGGAGAAGGUGGAGGCGGCGGAGAGACAGAUUGCUGAGCUGACCAAACGACUCAGCAGUGCUGUCACACAGACGGAGACACUGAGCAGUGAGAAGGAGGACCUCCUGGCUGGGAUGGAGACGCUGAGGAGCACAGUGAGGCAGCUGGAGACCAAGAACCAGGAGUUGCAAAGGCAGGCCGCAAACCUGGAGCGAGAGCUGACGGCCGAGAGAGCAAUGAAAGAACAAAAGCUCAAGGACUUGUCAUCUGCGUCAAAGGAGGUAGAAGAGCUGACAGCCCAGCUCCGCAAGCAGCAGCAGCAGUCUCAGCAGACUGCCCAGGAGCUGGAGCAGCUCCGCAAGGAGGCGCAGCAGAGCUCUCUGCUGGACAUGGAGAUGGCCGACUACGAACGCCUGGUGAAAGAACUCAACAGCAAAAUCACACAGAAAGACGAGUACGCAGAGGAGCUGAAGGCCCAGAUAAACACACUCACCCAGAAGGAGGAAACGCUCAAGCAGGAAAUUGAGAAUCUGAAGUCGCAGCUGGACCAGGGGGAGGAGAAGACCUCCAAGAUGAAACAAAUGCUGGUGAAGACCAAGAAGGAACUGGCUGACGCUAAGAAACAGGAGAGCGCCCUCAUGGUGCAGCAGGCGAGUCUGAAAGGAGAGCUGGAAGGGAACCAGCAACAACUAGAGAGCUCAAAGAUUGAGAUCUCCGAGCUGACGGCCGAGCGCCACCGUCUGCAGGAGCAGCUGAGGACGACCCUGGACCAGCAGCAGCGCAGCACCAACUCCCUGCAGCAGCGCAUCCACAGUCUGCAGCAGGAAAGAGACGCUGCCAGUGCGGAACUUGUGAGCACAACAAGCGAGUUCGAGAGCUACAAGGUGCGCGUCCACAAUGUUCUCAAACAGCAGAAGAGCAAAACCAACUCGCAGAGUGAAGGAGAUUUCAGUAAAGGAGAGAGGGAGCAGCUGUCCUCUCAGGUGGACCAGCUGAGGUCCAGGCUGGCCGAGAGCCAGCAGAGCCUCCAGAGCUGCACCGUGGAGCUGCAGCAGCUCCAGACGGAGCACGACACGCUUCUGGAGAGACACAACAAAAUCCUGCAGGAAACCAUCAGCAAGGAGGCCGAGCUCCGGGAGAGGCUUUUGUCGCUGCAGUCGGAGAACGUCGGCUUGCGGUCGGACCUGUCCCAGACCCAGGCGGACCUGUCCUCUCAGGUGGAGACGCAGCGCCAGACCUACAGGGAGCAGCUGAGGAAGCUGCAGGACGACCACCGGACCACCGUGGAGACCCUGCAGGGCCAGCUGACGCGCGUGGAGGAGCAGCUCUUCAACCUGCAGAGCCAGAACAGUUCAGCGUUGGUGCAGUCGAGCCGCAAGUCCUUUGUGUCAGAUCUUCAACGGCGAAACGCCGAGCAGAACCAGGCGGGGCUGGGACUUGACCUGCAGUCGAUGGCCAGGGAGGAGGGGGAGGGCAUGGAGACCACCGAGACGGAGAGCGCCUCCCCUGCGCUCACACCCCUCCCCUCUCUGGAGCAGCUUCUCACGUCUCCAGACCCAAAACAAGAGCCUUUUGUGUGGACGGUGGAGCCGACCAAAGAAGAGCUCAGCGAGAAGCUGAACACAGCCACCCGCAGCAUGGAGCACAUGAACAGCCUGCUGCAUGAAACCGAGGCCACCAACGCCGUUCUCAUGGAGCAAAUCACCCUACUGAAGAAUGAAGUUCGCCGUCUCGAGAGAAACCACGAGAGAGAAAAGAGCGUGGCCAACCUGGAGUACCUGAAGAACGUCCUGCUGCAGUUCAUCUUCCUGCGAUCCGGCAGCGAGAGGCAGGCGCUGCUGCCGGUCAUCCACACAAUGCUGCAGCUCAGUCCGGAGGAGAAAAGCAAACUGGCGGCCAUUGCACACGGUGAGGAGCAGGGGGCCGGCUCUCGGGGCUCAGGCUGGUCCUCCUACCUUCACAGCUGGUCGGGGAUAAGAUAGGCGUGAGGACCGUUCACAUGGAAGGAAAACACUGGGAGCACAAUGCAGCAGCCUCAGCACUGACGUGCUGCACAUUAAAAACCGAGGUGACUGGCAGGUUGACAAGGGGCAUUUACUGUUUUACUGGAACACAGAUGAAGGGACCAAGGAAUGUAUGAGACAUGAAUGAAAGAGUUGGUUGAGUCAAAGACAACUAAACUAUUAAGAGUGUGAAUAGAUCUGACUUUUCAGUGCAAUAGCUACAUCGAGUCUCCUACCAAUGAAUGUUAACUGUGACGGAUUUUCUGUCUUCCACAGACUCACUAUUCAUAUGUAUUUAUUAUAACAUUGACAGAAUACUGGGAUUCCACUCACAUGAAGGAGUGUUCAUAAGGCAUAAUAACAUAUCGAUAAUCAACAUUAUAUCCAUAAAACGGUGAAAAGAGGCAUUAUUCAAAAGAGGGAAAUUGUUAUAAAAUAAUAUUUGAGCUCAUUUUCAGAUUUUGGAAUUACUGCAAGUUUUCGAUCCUAAUGAUUAUGUGAAUUUUACUUUACUUUUCUUUACUUGACAGCCGUUUGCAUCAGUGUGUGUGUCUGUUAUGUGUAGACUGUAUCUAUUUUUUUCUGAAUUUUCUUCCAUUCAAAAAAAAAAAUCCUUUAAUUCUCCAUCCAUUCAUUUUCUGUAGCACUUUGUUCUAUUGGAGCGGUUCCCAGGUGCCACUCCACACAAUGCUGUUUGGUCGACUUUUACUUUUUGUAGUUUUCUUCAAGGAUCUUUCGGAAACCAGUCAACAGUCAUGCUCUGUAUGUUUGAUUUAUUUGAAGUUAAAACUACUGAUGUCGACUAUUUUAGUCAUUCCGAUCUGUUGUAAUCAACAUUCUGGGUUUCCUCCAUUUGAUCCAGCUAAGUCGACGGUACACCUUAAAUUAUUUUUACUUUUUAUCUUUUUCUUCUGAUUCUGCAGUUGUUUGCUAACACCUCACCUUCACUGCUCAGGAGCAGUAGCAGCUCUCAUUCAUCAGGUUGCAGUUAUGGUUGUUUUUUUUUUUUUUGUUGUUGUUAGUGUUUCUCUGACAUGAGAUGAUUCUUUUAAUGUGUGUUUCUUUUUCCUAUGUCUAUUUUGGGAGAAUAUUCUGGUUCAGUUUGUUGUUGUGCUGCAGUUUAAUCACUGAACAUGAAACGUCUUGCACUGCUGUCUUGUUGAACAGCGUUCAUCCGCAGUAGACUCAUCUGCUCUGCUCAAGUGCCCAUGAGCACAUCUCUGAUCCAUAUGUGGUGAGCUUUUUCUUUCAUUCCCAGUGUCUUACAAUAAACUCUUUGACCUCACGGUGUCGGGUGAAAAA